CCAGCGUUCCCACUGCUGCUGAGAAGACCUGCCGUCCCCGGCAGCCCCGUGUGCGCCGCACCUCGUCGCUGGACACCAUCGUGGGCUCGUAUCUGGUGGGACAGUGGCCGCGGGACGCUGAAGGAGCUUCCACUUGGUGCAUGAACGACAAAGCCACCCAGACUCCGGUGUCCUGGCAUGAGGCGGAAGCGGGGAAAGCCAGCUCCAGUGCCCACAAACGUUCUGCUUCUUGGGGUAGCACAGAUCACCGCAGAGAGAUUGCCAAACUGAAGCAGCAGCUCCAGCGAACAAAGCUAAAUGGCAGAAGUGGCAAGGAAAAGGAGAAGAGCUCCCCGCUCCAGGGGGACCAUGCUGUCCUUGGAUCGUUCAGGGACUCUCCUUCAGGCUUCCUUUCUCCCUCUCCCAUUUUGAGGCUCAGCCCCUGCUUGCAUAGGAGCCUGGAAGGGCUGAACCAGGAGCUGGAGGAAGUGUUUGUGAAGGAACAGGGAGAUGAAGAGCUCUGGCGGAUACUGGAUGUCCCAGAUGGCCACAGGGCGCCAGCGCCUGCCCGGAGAGAGGAGGGCAGCCCUUCACCAGUCCUGGCCUUCGCUUCUUCUCCUCGACCCAACCACAGCUACAUGUUUAAGCGGGAGCCUCCCGAGGGAUGCGAGAAGGUCCGGGCCUUUGAGGAAACUCUCCCCCCCGGCCCCGAUCUGGCUUUCCAGCCUUCCUGCCCGGAUAAGAACAAAGUGCACUUCAACCCCACCGGUUCUGCCUUCUGCCCCGUCAGCCUGGUGAAGCCUCUCUUCCCAAACGUGGGGUUCCUCUUCAGGGCUUUUCCAGCUUCUUCCAGCCCUGCUCAGGCACCUUUACAUCCUGCCAGCCCGCAGCCCCCGCCCC